AUGGGAUGUCAUAUUGAUGGGUUCAUUGCACUUGUUGCACACACACAUGUUAUUCAAGAUGGACCCAUUACUGGACGCAAAGCUGAUGUUAUUGCUGCUGCCAAUACUGCCGCUGAAGUUGCUUUGAGGCUCGUACGUCCUGGGAAGAAGAACCAUGCAGUCACUGAAGCUAUUCAAAAGGUGGCUGAAGCUUAUGACUGCAAAAUUGCGGAAGGGGUUAUCUCCCACCAGAUGAAACAGAAUGUGAUAGAUGCAAGCAAGAGUUUCCUAAGUGUAUCCACUCCGGAAACAAGAGUUGAUGAUGCUGAGUUUGAAGAGAAUGAAGUCUAUGCAAUUGAUAUCGUGGCAAGCACUGGUGAUGGCAAGCCGAAGCUUUUGGAUGAGAAGCAAACAACUAUUUACAAGAAAGAUGCGGCUGUUAACUAUCAGUUGAAGAUGAAGGCCUCCAGAUUCAUAUUCAGUGAGAUUAAAGAGAAGUUCCCCCAUAUGCCAUUCUGA